AUGAACCUGGACAACGGUCAAAGUCUGACUGUGGGUGGACAAGACUUGACCAGAAAUGGCAGCAGCAGCGGCAGCAGCAGCCGAUACCCAUGGGAGGAUGCUAAGAAGGUUAUGAAACCUUCCACCCCCACCAGGAAACCCCAACCACCCAAGCCAGAAAACGCCAUCACCAUCGCCGUGUCAUCGCGGGUCCUGUUCAACAUGGAGAAGGAGCAGCAGAUCUACGAGCAGCAGGGCAUGGAGGAGUACAUCAGAUACCAGGUGGAGCACGAGUCGGAGCCCUUCGGCCCGGGGCCCGCCUUCUCCUUCGUCAAGGCCCUGGAGGCUGUGAACGCGCGGCUCAGGGAGCUCUACCCCGAGAGCGAGGAGCUGUUCGACGUGGUGCUCAUGACCAACAACCACGCGUACGUCGGCCUGAGGCUCAUCAACACCAUCAACCACCACCGUGAGCUGCUGGGGGGUUCGCAGGAUGGGCCGUGUUUGUCUUUGCCUCCUCACCCCUCGCUCGUCUCUUCCCCAGAGCUGUUCAUCGAGCGCUUCUGCAUGACCGGCGGGAACAGCCCCAUCGGCUACCUGAAGGCCUACCACACCAACCUCUACCUGUCCGCCGACCCGGGCAAAGUCAGGGAGGCUCUGGAGGAAGGUAUCGCUGCCGCCACCAUGUUCACGCAGGAGAAGAUGAAGGAGGUGUCGGACACGCAGCUGCGCGUCGCCUUCGACGGCGACGCUGUGCUGUUCUCCGACGAGUCCGAGCGCAUUUACAAGGCCCAUGGACUGGACAAGUUCUUCGAGCACGAGAAGGCCCACGAGAACAAGCCCCUGGACCACGGGCCGCUGAAGGGCUUCCUGGAGGCCCUGGGAAAGCUCCAGAAGCGCUUUUACGGCAAAGGUCAGCGCAUGGACUGCCCCAUCCGGACCUACCUGGUGACGGCCCGCAGCGCCGCCAGCUCCGGCACCAGAGCCCUGAAGACGCUCCGCUCGUGGGGGCUGGAGAUCGACGAGGCCCUGUUCCUGGCCGGAGCGCCCAAGGGGCCCAUGCUGGAGAAGAUCAGGCCGCACAUCUUCUUCGACGACCAGAUGUUUCACGUGGAGGGGGCGGCGGAAAUGGGAACGGUGGCGUGCCACGUGCCCUAUGGGAUAGCUCAGAAAGUAAGCAGGAAAGCAGGAAAGGAGCCCUCAGCACCGAAGUAGCAGGGACAACGAUGCUCAGGGCCCCAAGAGAGUCCUUAGAAGUGUAUUAGGUAAUUAAAGCUAUGAUUAAGUGUCCAGAGAAGGUAUUUAGUAUGUGAGAGAGCCGGUGGAUGCAACAUGUCCAUGUUCUGUGCUGAGUUUAGGUCCAUCAUCACAGAAGUAGAUCUGUAACUAAAAUAAUGAUUGUGCUGUCGGUUUAUAAAGAAUCCCUCUGACCGACAGACUGGACUGUUUGACUCCAUCUUUGUGGAAAAGGGCUGCAAAGGAUCUGGACCAGGAUCCAGUUGUGAUCCACUGAAUCCAACUUUAUAAUAUUACAAUAUUACCAAAUAAACAUCAGGCAAAGGGCUUAUUCAACAGUAACAACUCCAACCUGCUUCUUAGUAUUGAUUUAAUGGCAUAUGUAGAUUGUUUGAAAUAUUAUAAUUCUAAAUUAGUGAACUAUUAAAUAUACAUGAGUUACAACUUUGCCUUAUUAGACUUUUGCAAAAUGACAUUUACCUCACAUCACAGAACAUUAUAUCUUAUUUUAAAGAGAUUCAUAUAUUUUAGCCAUUUAUAAAUAUUAUCUAUCAAAAUCUAAUUUAACAAGCAAACCCAAAUAUUCAAAUAUAAUUUAUGAAGAUAUUUAUUUAGAUGUUAGAAAGACCCAGUGAUGGAGCUUAAUGUGUGUCACACACACAUUCAGUAUCAGGUGGCUGCUUGCUGUAUGUGCUCAUGUGUUUUCAAACUGGUGCCUUGUCUUAUUGGUGUCGACAGAUUUGUCCUCUGUGUUCGUCAGCCUUGCAUGACUUUGAUAAUUGUUCUACACGUGCUGUGUUUUAUCAGUGACUAUGAAUGUACUUUAAAAUUGCACAACAAUUAGAUUUUUUGUCUGUUUUAGGUAAUGAAUAAAUGUCACAUCUUGGCAUGGGUUGUUUACGCUACACGUCCCUCAGUGGAAAGUUCAUUGUUUUUCUUGUCGAUGACUUCCUGUUUGUUUGGUUUUGGAAUUAAGGUGUGUUGGUGCUGCUUUGGUGUCUCAACUUGUGGACUUGAAUCUGGUUGGUGAGAAAACCUGCAGAAAACUGGAUACGAGGGAAGCACUGAGUACUGAUAUGCAAUGAAGCUUUUUGUUUGGAGAUGAAAGUAAAAUAUAUUCAAAAACAUGGUUUCCUGUCUUUUAUCUUCAGGACCAUAUAAAUACUGGCUAUGCCUAAAAGAGAUAAAUGUUGCUGGUAACACAACAGAUUGUCUGCUCUUAGAAUUUCUGCAUCCUCUUUAUCCCCGUCUGCGGUUCUGCAUUAUGUUUAUAUAAGUUAUAAAAUAUAAUAAACGUGUUUUUGUUGA